AUGCAAAUACACACAGGGAGGAGGAAACGACUUAGACUGGAAAAAAAAACUUUAAAGAGACAUUUCCCCCACUUUUCUCACAAGCAUUGCUAUAUAGCCAACAAGCCUCAGAUGGAAAUUAACAGCUCUAAAGCUCUGAGGACUUUACUGUCCCCAGUCUUCCCCUGACGCGCUCAAGUCUCGUUUCAUUCAAGGCUCCGUCUUUGAAGUUGACUAAGAAUAGGAGGGGGAUUAACAUAUUUACCCAUGCAGAUUCUCUUUGUGACUGUAUGUGAAGCUAAAUCAUUUGGCAGUCAUUUUUUAAUUAUCUGCUCAAUGACUUACACUCUCAGCUUCGUUUCCACCUGCUUGUUUUUCCAUGUAAAUUAUUACAGAACCCUGAUCCAAAAACGAAAAAAAGAAAUAAAAAAAAUAGUGAUUUAUAGCAGGAAUUGUCAAGUUAGCUGACAUUAUUUGGGUUGAGCAAAGCCAAUGACUGUCAUCUGUGUGUUAUCUUAAACAGAAUAGCUACUGCUUCUCAAAUUUCCUAGAAAGCUAUCUCAACCACAAGCUGUUUGUGGCUGCAAUAAAAAAAAUAGUUCGUGAGACCAUGUGUUUGUUUGUGCGUGUGUGUGUGUGUGUGGGCGUUCGUGUGUGUGUGUGUGUGUAUUUGUGUGUCAGAGUGGGUGGUUGGUGAGUCUGUCCUGCGCGCGCACAUGUUAGCAUGAAGUGUUUAUGUCCGCGUACAUACAGUAUCUACAUGCGUCAUGCUCUGCGCUGAGGUUCAAUGGGGCCAUUUGAAAAAGCUGCUGUAACAAGAAAGCAAUAGUACCAAUUAGUCGCCUUGUGGAGGGUUUUUUUCUUUCUAAUCCAAACUAAUAUUCAAAUUACUUUCACAAGGGGGCACUUGCUGCACUUUGGCAAGUAAAGUUGGUUUCUUGGAGGCUUUUUAAUGCCGAAAAUGUGCGUAAUAAUAAUGGAACAAGGAAUAAGGCGUUCAUUCAUUUAUUUAUAUGAUGUGAAGUGACAAUAUCAUUAACCCCCCCACCCACUCUGUAAUUAUCACCAUGAGGCAAUCAAGCACCAAAAUAAGGAAAUGCAUCUAUAAAAACACAUAAAAGCAUUUAUUUGACCUGAUAGAGCCAUGUUCUAAUUGCACAUUAAUCAGUCACAUACUUGAAUAUAUUCAUAUCAUUUAUACAGUCGGUUUAUUUCAGCCUCAAGUCGUCUGUAAAUGCGACAAAAACAGGUUAAACUGCAGUUUAGAUGUAUUUUCUCUGCAGCUUCCACUGUAUAUUUGUGCAUCUACAUUUGAAAAAGUGUCAGCCUGUUCAGUUUUGAAAUGAAACAAGUUUGCUCAAAGUUGUCUGCAUGCCAGGCUAAAGGAAACAGGGACAGGAGUGCAGCAUGUUGCGUCUGGUAUAUGCAGAAUGAAGUGUAUUGCGUCAGUGGCGCAGGGGAGGCUUGAAAUGCGUCUGAUAGCCAGGCGGAUGAAAGUAGAGGCGCAGAGAGGGGAGAGAGGAAAAAGUUCUCAGUCAACGAGGAGAGGCAGGACUACUCUACGGAGCCCCUGCAGUCUCACUUUUUAUGCCUCUUAAAGACUUUGCCUGCCAUCCUUUUGCAUUUUUUUGCUCUGCAACACCGCUUGUUCGUCUCCAAGAGAGAAAUCCUACCUUUUUUACUUAAGUGAAAGCACCAGCACCAUGGAACUGCUCUGCCUCGAAAUGGACACCAUCAUACGAGCUCGUCCCGAUCCGAACCUCCUGUGCGAUGACAGAGUCCUGCAGAGCUUGUUGACCAUAGAGGAGAGGUUUCUACCCCAAUAUUCUUAUUUCAAAGGCGUCCAGAAAGAUAUUCAACCGUUUAUGAGGAGGAUGGUCGCUACUUGGAUGUUGGAGGUUUGUGAGGAGCAGAAGUGCGAAGAAGAAGUUUUCCCCUUGGCCAUGAACUACUUAGACAGAUUUUUAGCCGUGGUACCCACCAAAAAGUGUAACCUGCAGCUGCUGGGAGCAGUGUGCAUGUUUCUUGCAUCCAAAUUGAAAGAGACUCGUCCAUUAACCGCAGAGAAGCUUUGCAUCUACACAGACAACUCCAUCAGACCACAAGAACUGCUGGAAUGGGAACUGGUGGUGUUGGGGAAGUUGAAGUGGAACUUGGCAGCAGUAACUCCGAACGACUUCAUCGAGCACAUUGUGAGGAGGCUGCCGCUGCCCGAAGAUAAGCUGGCACUUAUUCGCAAACAUGUCCAGACCUUCAUUGCCCUGUGUGCCACAGAUUUCACAUUCGCGAUGUACCCUCCCUCCAUGAUUGCCACAGGAAGUGUGGGGGCAGCGAUCUGUGGCCUGCAGCUGGAUUCAGCUGACCAGUCACAGUGGGGCGACAGUCUCACAGACCUGCUGGCCAAAAUCACAAACACAGAAGUGGAUGUUCUCAAAGAGUGCCAGGAGCAGAUUGAGCGUGUGUUGAUGAGCAGCCUGCGCGAGGGGCGGCAACAGCAGCAGCAGCAGCAGACACAGAGAGGCCCCAGCGGGAAAGGCCUGGACGAGCUGGAUCAAUCCUCCACCCCUACAGACGUCCGCGAUGUCAACUUGUGAACCACCAGAGGGCAUCAUUGCACAGGAUUUACAAAAAAAAAGCAUCAUGAAAAAACCUCAAUUUUCUUAAAAGCAGAAAAAAAAGAACAAAAGAACAAAAAAUUUUAAAAACACAAGCCCUUUAAAAGAAAAAGAACAAUGCUUGCUAGUUUUUUUUUUUGUAGAUUUUCUGUUCUUCCAAGUCAAAAACACCUGCCCACGAAAUAGAUUUUCUAUGAUGUUUUAGUCUAAAAGCAACAAAUUUGAUUCAAGAUGAAGCUCUGUGGUGCCUUGGAUAUACAGAAGGGAAGCCAUUCAUAUUUGCAUUCUGCCUCUGAUUGUAUAGUAUGAUCUUUAAGUUAUAUUUUAACCAUAGCUUGAUAUUGAGGCUGUUAUGCUAGAAAUUAUGGAAACCAUUCAGAAAUUGCAUACAUGGGAUCACAGUGGGGCUUCACUUUUUUUCCCUCUGUUUUGUUUUAUAUGAGUAUUAUCACUAUUACAUUCGUGGCUGGUGUAAGAGAGGACACGGGUUCGCGCUCCUCGAGCACCACAAGGUCCACAUGUUUGUCGAGGAUGAGACAGACAGAGGAAAGCGUGAGAACAUUAUGCUAAAAGUUGGUGGGUCCCAGUUCCAGGGAAGAGACGGAAUGAUAAUAAUUAUUAGUAGUGUUAGUAAUUAUUAUUAUUAUUAUUAUUAUUAAUGGACAUAUUUUGGAACUGAGUAGUAGAGCUCAAUAAGCUCCUUUUUGUCAGGCUGCUUGUGUGCGUGUCAGUUUGUGGGUGCAAGCGUGUGUGUUUGUAUGUGCCAGUUUGCUUGCAUGCCUGUGUGUGUGUGUGUGUGUGUGUGUGUGUGUGUGUGUGUGUGUGUGUGUGUGUGUGUGGGUGUGUGUGGUGUGAAUGCUACAUGUGAUCCUGUAUCUAUAUUAGCAGUGUGCAUUCUAUAGCGUGAGGCACUUGAGCAAAGUCAAGUCGUAGACUCGUGGUUCUGUGUUAAAAGACUAAGGGUCAAGCCGAGGCUACACAUACUUUGUCCAUCAGUAUAACAGGGCAUCUAUGCUAUAUCACUGCCUCCAUGCAUUAACAAUGUAUCAUGGUUGAUUGUUGGCCAACAAUAAACUCAUGUGCAUGGACUAUGAGUGAGACAGAAAAAGAUUAAGAGAAGGAGGAUAUGGGCGAAGGGACUUUGACUUAGAGCCCCUUAUUUUUCUAAGUGCGUUUUUCCUGAGGUGUUGCACCUCAGACUCAGAAGUCGUGAGGUGUUUGUUUAUUACUGCCAUUCUGUUAAUGAAAUAUUACAGAUACAUCAUUCUUUUUCACGUUGUUACAAUAUGGUAUUUCCUUAGUUGUGAAAGGCUGCUUUGAGUCUGGACAGAGUGGUAAUGACCUCUUACAUGUGCAAGGGUGUAUGGCACAUGUGAAAACAGGAGAGGGCGAUGUCUUGAAGAAAGUAAGGCUAUGCUUUUUAAAGUCUGGAGGAUGUUAGACUCCUCUGUGUUAAUUAGCAGGGAGGGAACCGGGUGUGGCGUGGAAUGAAUUAGAAAGAGAGGGACAACUAAGAAGUCACUGUGGAACUGUGGAAGGCACAUGAGUGCACAGCACAGGAUGGUAGGGCAGAGAGGACUUCAGUGGUGCAGGAGCAUGCUGCUGUGUAGGAGUCGGGGAGGAUUUACAGCCAGUGGCUGGAAGAUGAUAACAAACAAAAGACCCCCAAAGGCCUCACGAUAAAGUUUUGAUAUCUGCAUAUUUGGAUGGAAUCAAUAUUAACUUCUCAUAAUGGAUUUCUACAAUCACGUAGCUAAGUGAACAAAAACCUUCUGGGUUUCCAUUUACAUGGAAACGAAAUGGGGAACUAAGACUGUACACUGCCAGAUCAUGUGAGCGUGAACAUUUUCGGGGGUGGGUGGGUGGGUGGGUGUUGGGUGGGGAGUGGGGUUAGAGGAGUACAGGAUGAUGAUGAUAUACUGUCAAUGCAUCUGGAGUCCCACAUAGGGUUGUUUUCAGCUCCCCUAUAUGAUUUCAAUGGCAAAGCACUUUGAGAACAUGCUCCCCAGGAGAUAAGUAAAAUGAAAUGCGUUGGGUGGUGAUUGGAGGUGAAUGGAUGUUUUCUUUUUUCCUUGUUAGCCUUUUCUUUGGUUUACUUUGUAGGGCUGGUUUCCCAAUCAUCAGACAUACCCUUGUCAAGCAAGAGUCAAAUUAAAAAAGGCUUUCCACAACUUACGACGUGGGGACAUUCCGAUUAAACAAACAAACAAACAAACAAACAAACAAACAAAAAACAUUCCUAUUCAAGCAAAGUGCAAGUUGAUGGGGAGUCUGACCGUUUCAGCGAAUUUGAACAAAUAUAUAAAACGCCAAUAUGAGUUGAAAAAUGCCUACACACAGAGUUCACUGAUCCAUGGGUUCUGUUUGAUUUUCUUUUAUAUUGUCAAGAAAUGAAAUAUUUGUUUUUACUUGAAUUUUUCUUCAUAUUUAUCUGCAUCACAGCCACAGAUAGUCACACAGGGCAACGAUGAGCUACAAGAAAAGGUGGUCGUAACAUCCAAUAUUUGCACAUGUUCUUCAGAGGGCAAUGAGGUUUGCGUUUUUUGAGACAGAGCAUAGCCUUUGUUCGAAACCACCUUAACUGAUGUGUGUUGCAGUGGUUGGUCAGUUUUCUAUGGUGCUGGCUUGCGUGUUUCAGGCCGAUUGUCUGUCAGUGAACACAUCUGUCCCCUGUGAGCUUUGCUGCUUCAAAUCAUUGGCAAGGGGGUUCAUCAGCCAGACAGACAUCAGCACAAAACAAGAGACAGAUGAUAUUUUUUUUUGUUUUGUUUUAAUGGGACACAUGGCUUUGCCACAGCAAGGUGUCUUUGACUUAAUGCUUGAGUUUUUUUUUUUUUUUUUUCAUGACGGUAUGUGACUUUGCUGUGUGUAUAUUUGUCAGACUGAAGAAAAAAUGUGGGGAUCUAACAUUUUAGUGAUGUUUUUCAGUAAAACUGGGCAAUUUAAUGACACAUUUGCCAAAACAUCCCCGUCUGAAUAUUUGAUAUGACCCCUUCAUUUUGCCUCUGUUUGCCUGAUGUAAGCUCUCUCCCAAACUUAAUGGUUGUGAUUUUCUUUCCUGCAAUUUAUUGUUGCAUGUGUUAUAUAUUGAGACCACCUUUUUCAAUUUGUGUUUGAUAUAUUUUAUGGGGUGACCAGACCCGCAAAAGGGUUUUUCUAAGAUUUAGAGAUACUGUAUUCCAAAGUGAAGAGAAGACAGAAGAGGUGUGAAGACAUCAAGAAAAAAGUGUCAAUAUUUUUAUUGAGUUAUUGUUGUCUUUUUGCGCUGCUAAAAGCUAUGAAUUUGUUUCAUUUAUACAAAAAAAAUAACAUUACCUAGUUGUGAUGUGUCACUUGAGUGUGCUGCUAUUUUAUAAACAUUUGUAUUAUAAUAUAAUUAUUUUACUGCUUAAGAGAUACAUUCAGAAAAAAAACGAAGUAGAUGGUGAUAGAAGAACAUGAAAUGAGUAUUCGACUGGAAAUGUUCUUUGUACAGUUUGACAGUUUGCUUAGAUAGCAUGUCUCCUUUCCCCCUUUUUUUUUAAUCUAUUUUGCUCUCCUUCUUCAGUCACAUUCUGCAUCAGUGGUAUUUCCUAUACCUCAGGAUUACUGGACAAAAUUACACAUAAACAAAUCCAUCAUCUAUACCUCUGCAGUUAGGGAGCCUGGAACGGAGGAGAAAGAAUACAGUGGGGGGGGAAGCAACGACAAAUUAGCAUUUUUGUGGAUGAUUCCCACUGUUUUAGUGAGGAACUUGCUCAGUGAGAUGGGAAACAGGAGAUAUGCAAGGCUUCCACUUGGACUUAACCUAUAUUGGAGGUGGGAGGCACAACAACAUUGCAACAUAUUUUUUUUUUUUUUUGGGGGGUUAUUCUGUAGAUAGUUCAAGCAUGUGCAUUUCUGUUCAUGUUGGUGCUACAUCUGAUUUCUUGUGUGCCAGAGAGGGGAAAAACGGCAUUCCUAUGAUGGCCAAAGUACAGUUCUUGCUUUAUACAACCACGAUUACUCCGAAUGUCAGUAAAUAUGGAUUCUGUAUGUGAGAAAGAUACGUUUUGGUCUGAAAUAUUGUGUCUGCGCACCAUUGUGACUGCCACAUAAUAAUGGGUUUAGGCUACAUCUGUCAUGUCCUACAACUAUAAAUAUUCUGAUAUCUGGAAGUUUCAAUGGUGCAGAUUUCCCUUUGAGUUGCCUCCCCCCUCCACUAUAACUCAUAUCAUGUACCUCAAAUGUCUGUUGCACAACCUCUGUUCAAUAAACUUCUGCUUUAAAGGGUGUGACACCACAUCAGCUCACUA